UAUUCAUAAAAAUUUAUCUACCAGCUAUAUACCAAAUAUAUAUAUAUAUAUAUGUGUAAAUGGAAUAGUACUGUCUCAGAAAUUCCCUACCAUUCCACUACCAGUUAUCAUCGUUACCAUCGUCUCCCUUCUCAGCUUCUAUCUUCUGAAAUUCUUGUUGUAAUAAUCUGUGAUUUGACCUCGUUUGUUGACCUCACUGGUUGGUUGGUUGGUUGGUUGCUAGGCUCCUCCAUUCCUUCUGGCCGGAUUAAGCCUUAGCGACGUUGCCAAAUUGCUUGCACACAUACAUAUGCGCGAAUGCGAGCGAGAGAGACAGGAGAGAGCAACAUGAUUCGUGUUGAGAAUUCCUGUUGCAAGAGACACAGAAAUUGUCGCUUUAAUUGGUGAACACAGCUUUAUAGUUGGUCGUCGUCGUCGUCGUAGUGACGUCAUAUUUAUUUUACACCACUGUCUUUAUCUUCUUAUCAAGCAAUAGUUUGUCAAAUGUUUCAAUAAGUAAAAGUUAAACGUUAAUUUUUAUCAGUCAAAGCUUAAUUACACGUGUUACAUGUUUUAUAAUAUUAUAAAAUAAUUGAAAAAAAAAAAAAUAAAUAAAUAAAUAUUAGUUUAUUUAUAUUCAGUCUUAUAUGAAAAGUAAAUGCAUUUGACAGAAAUAUGUUUGGAACAUUGCGUAACAAAUUUCAGACAGUACAAGAAGGUUUAUCUGCUAGUAUACGAGGUUUAACAGUUGCCGAAAAUCCCAAAGAGAAAAAGAUUGUUAAAUCAAGAAAUGUUAAUUACGAUGCUGGUGCAGAUAUCUUACAUCAUUUUCAAUUACAAUGGAACGAAUUACACGAAUUGGCAGAAGAAAAUGCAUCUAAGGCUCAAGAAGUCGAUACUCUUGUAACUUCCAUUUACGACAAAUUGGAAUACGAAUGGAAUAACAUAAUGUGUUUGAACAACACAUUAGCCAUCAUUCCAAAAAUAAAUAAUGGAAUUCAAAAUCUUAUGGAUCAAAUAGGAACAUUAGAAGAAAUGUUUGAAGAAGUCGAAGGAGCAUUGUACAGAUUGGAAGAUUUAAAUGAAAUGUUAGAUUUACAGAGUAGACAAUUGGAUCACAGAUUUCAAUUGGCUUUGUAUAAAGAAAAAAGAUUAUCUGAAAUUAAUUCUGUACAGGCAAAAUUGGCAAAUGAACAUAUUGAUAGAGUAUCGAAGCAUGAACAAAAACAACAAUUAAUGUUAAAAGAACGUCAAGAGACUUUUGAUGAAGUUUUUAAAGGAGAAUUGGAAGCUUAUAAAGCGACAGGACAUAUACCUAAAAUACCAACGACUAAAGAAGGACCAUCUUUGGAUGAAAUUGUAUUAGAUGUAGAUUCUCAAAUGUUUAAUGAAUUCUUAGACAAUUGAAUAUUUAUUAAGAAUUGAUCUUUGAACAUGCUUAUUGUCUUUCCAACUCAAUUGAAUGCAUUAUAUUAUUUAUUUAUUCUGAUGAUUACUAUAUAUCUGCAUAUCUGCAUUAAUAUACAUGAUACGUUUGUUACAAUUAAAUUGAUUGUGAUAUAUUAUUUAACAAAACAAAACAAAAAUUGUUCACAGUCAACACUACAUAAAAGUAAAUGUAAU